CUGGUGGCACCGGUGAAUAGGAAACUAGCUAAGAGAAAGCUCCGAGACGUUGAUGCUGAACUCGAAUCGCUGUAUUAUGUAGAUGAGGGAUCACGAUCGCGACACAAGCUCAUCUUUGCGGGCAAGAAGAAAUUCAAUCAGGAUCCACUACGAGGCAUUGAAUAUCUCACCGAUCGUGGUCUUCUGAGUCGCCAACCGUCCGCCAUUGCUCAGUGGUUGUUUAAGGGUGAAGGUUUGUCAAAAACUGCAAUUGGCGAAUUACUCGGGUCGCAUGACCCGUUUUGCCUUGAGAUUCUCGAUCAUUUCGUCCUGUGCCACUCGUUUAGGGACAUGUUCAUAGUCGAUGCAUUGAGAGCAUUCCUAUGGUCGUUUCGUUUGCCUGGCGAGUCGCAAAAAAUUGACCGAAUUAUGGAGCGAUUUGCAAAACAAUACGUGGCGACAAAUGAAGGCGUCUUCACUAAUGCGGACACAUGUUACACCAUUUCUUACUCUUGUGUUAUGCUUAAUACGCUACUGCAUAAUCCAAACGUGAAGGAUAGACCAACUUUAGAGCGAUACCAGAGCAUGAACAAAGAGCUCUUGGAAUCUGGCUCAGUGGAUACUGCCACUCUAUCACAAAUCUUCGAGUCGAUAAGGACACGGGAGUUUCAAAUUCCUUGUGAUGAUGUAGCAUGUUUGGACAACAUAUUUCUACAUCCGGAUCGCGAAGGAUGGUUGUAUAAGCAAAGUAGUAGCCAAUUUAUUUCUGGACCUUUGUCGUGGAAGCGGAGAUGGUUCGUUCUAAACGACUCAUGCUUGUACUAUUUUGAUCAAACAACAGAUAAGGAACCGCGUGGUAUUAUUCCGCUUCAAAACGUGGGUGUACGACGAGUAGACUCGCCUUCUCGUCCAUUUAUGUUUGAGAUAUUUUCUUUAUCUGAAGAUGGUCGAAUAAAGGCGUGUAAAACUGAGCAGACCGGUAAAAUGGUAGAAGGCCGUCAUACCGUUUACCGCGUUUGCGCGUCGAAUUUGGAUGAUCUGAAUGCAUGGAUGGAAGCCAUUGCGGGUGCUGUCAAUUUGUAUCCGACUAGACCACGUAGUGUUCAAUAA